AUGGCGGGGCAAGAUGCUACCUUACCAAGUACCGGUACAUCCUAUGGAGGCACGGGAGGAAGCCAUCCGGCGACUCAAAGAAGCACCUGCGAUCACCGACGGGGCUACAGAAUCACCUGCUACUUAUCGAAUGCAAAUCCCUCAACUUUGGGAGCUGCUUUCAAGAACCUGGUCUUUACCAGCCACGGUCUACAGAGCAACGAAUACACAGCUGCCACUUCUAGUAUACGCGUGCUACAAUUCGCUUCUGGAGAGCACUCCUAUUCGCUCCCCCGUUAUCCGAUCAACCAUGGCCCUGCAAUGCCUGCACAGCCCGGGCGACCUUCGAACAGCCCUGAGACCGUGAGAGCCUCGCAGUUAACCACUGGUCCCUGCAGUUGCGCUGCUCGAGGUGCUGCCGACCAUGUCCUCCCGACAGAUGUCAUUGCUACCUACGCCCGCUCUUCUUCUGACUCUCUUGAUCCAACCUUCAUUCACCACCUUCCCGAGUAUAGGUCUCUUGCACGAACAACUCCCCAGGUUCUCGAUAAGUAA